AUGGAGAUUCAGAAUUCAAAACAGCUAGAUGAUAUUGCUGAGGAGCCCAAGCGUCAACAUAAGGAAAUGAAAAACCAAUGUAAAAAGAAAAGAAGCAGGACGGCAUUUACAUCGAUGCAGAUUACUACUCUCGAACAGGUAUUCGAGACAACCAAGUAUUUGAGCCGGUUCAAUCGAUUUCACUUGGCACAAGAGUUAAAACUCACGGAACCUCAGGUGAAAAUAUGGUUUCAAAACCGCAGAAUGAAGUUCAAGAAAGACCACGAAAGUUGCCCUGAUACCCAAAACAUUUCUAAAAAAAGUACAUCGCUGCCAUCUACAGCAGCACUCGGCCAGUUGGGCGCUAUCGGUGUUAACAAAUUGCUCCAAAAUGAGCUGCCAUCGCAGAUACCGCAAGAGCCAUUGCCUCCGUAUCAGCAAACGUUUACUCCCCAUCAACACGUACAACAAUCACUGAUUCCCCGACGGCCAUUGCAUUUUCGUGAAAUGCAGCAGACACCAUCGCUGCAUCCAUACAUCCCGGCAACUCAACAGCUUGGAAUUUUAAAACGAAUGCCGCAUCCUACAAGCUCUGGGUCCUUGGUACAUGUGGCUCGAACCAGUGAUGUCUACUACAAUCCAUCUACUUGUUAUAACGAUGCCAGAUUGAAAGUGAAUGAGCUUGAAUCAGAGAAACUAAGGCAUAUGCAACAGCUCCAGCAAGAAGUGUAUUCACCAGCACAGCUAAUGCAAGAGCCCCAGCAGCGUCAGCAGCUGCCAAUAAAACUAGAUCAUCUACAAGUACAGCAGCUACAACAAUUACAAUGGUAUAACCGCUAUAUGUUGCCAAAAAUUUUCGGUAGUUUCAACUACAGAACGUAA